AUGAGUCAUCAACGGGUUAUGAUUGAGGAUGCUUGGGAGAAGCUGUCCCGUGUCUCCGUCAAGGGCGCUGAGUAUGACUCUCGUGAACGCCAGCCCCAUCCGAGACGGCUGGAAGGGUCCUGGAUAGAUCUUACCAACUGCAUCCACGCAUUAUUAGGCCACCGAGAGAAGAGCCAACUUAUUUGGCUUCAUGGGGCAGCGGGAGUCGGAAAGUCUGCUGUUGCGUUCAAUAUAGCUGAAAGAAUGAGGAUAAAAGAGCGCACGGAUAUCGAAAAGCGGCUCGCAGGAUCUUUCGUUUUUUCGCGCAAACACACGAAACGGUCUACGACUGGAUAUUUUUUUGCGACACUCGCCUACCAGCUAGCGAGCAUUUCAAGCUAUUCUGGCUUCAAGGAGCUCGCGACAGGAUCCAUCCUAGAGAAUCCCGCGCUUCUAGACCCCGACAAGUCUCUUCGCGACCAGAUGGAGGCGCUCUUUCUUCGACCUCUUCGGAGACUUCGGUACAGAUUGGGCAACUGUCCCCCUUUGGUGUUCGUUGUUGAUGCCCUUCAUGAAUGUACAUCCAAAGCUGAGCUUGCCGAUCUCAUCACCCUGUUAACUGAAGUGCUUCGCGAACCUCAAUUGCCCGUGAUGCACAUCCUGCUCACGAGUAAUUCGCAAACCCAUAUCCGUGAAGCUUUUCAGAACGCAGAGGCGCGCCCCCUGCUGUCUGAGAUACGGGCGAGUACUUCUGGCGAUAUUCUCGCUAUGGACGUGGCAUCCCUGGAUUCUCGCGUAACUGGAAACUUGCCACACAUCCUCGCUAUAAACACGGAACCCCGUAACGCGUGCAUAACUGGGGACUUGCUAAUCGCUGAAGAGCUGUUAAUGCAAGAGAUUCGAGGCAGCGGUGUUAACAACUAUCAGUCUUACGCAAAUCGGUCAUUUGUUAUGGCGCGGAAAAAUGACUGGGACCAUGCACUUCAAGACGCACUUGAGUCCGUCAGUCUUCACCCCUCGUUGACAGGUUAUAUCUCCAAGGGCAUUGCCCUGUGCGGAAAGAAUAACUUGCAGGAUGCGAUAAGGGCAUUUGACCUCGCAUCCUGUUCACGAAAAGCUGUUGCGCUUUUCAACGGAAAUCAGCAUGAGGACGCAAUGCUGCGGGUCCAAGAGUUGGGUGCUAUUUGUCCCAAGACCGACACUCUUGCGUGUCGUGUCGUAGAAGCAUAUCUAUGCGUCCUCCUGGGUACCAAUGCCUUAGACGGCGGGCGUCACAGCGAAGCUGCUGACCACUUCACCGCAGCUGUCAAGGCCAGCGCAUUCACGUCGCAGAUGGACAUUUAUUCUAAAUACCAAGACUUUGUGGUGCUCUUCGGGUGGGACCUCGAGUCCUUGUGGAAAAAUGCAAACCAGAGAAAGUGCGAUGCACUCCUUCGUGCAGGCAGGCUUGGAGAAGCAGUCGAAUCGCACCGAUACAUGAUGGAGAUAAGUGACGAGGCAAUGAAGGCGAGCUGCCUUGAAUGGUCUACUGGCAAGUCUUCGUUAAUAUCGCCCGGGCUAUCAUCCUCACGCGCAUGUAAAUUAGCUUUCAUGCGAAAAUGCAACGCGCUCUAUGCUGCCAAUGGAGUUGUUGAACUUGCUACGAGUGGAGAUGCUGCCUUUGCUGAGAAGGACUACGACCGGGCCAUUGAACUUUACUCGGCGGCGAUCGAGCUGGACUCUGCAACCGAUACCAUCUUUGCAAACCGAAGUAAGGCGAGGUUGUUGAAAUGCUAUGGGAGGAUGCACUUCUCGAUGCGGAAAAGACAUGGACAGGUCAUCGAACUCAACCCUUCGGCUUAUCUUGGAUACCAGCUGAAGCACGAGGCGCUUCAUGGGGCGCAAUGUUAUGACGAAGCCGUCGAGGCUUUCCAAAUCAUGUUGCUAAAACUCGAUGAGGCUCCCGACCCGCAAAUACAAAAGCUAUACCAACACUGUAUCAGUCCAUUUGAAGCGGAAAAUGCUAUUCGACAAGUUCUACAUGCUCACCUUGACAAUGCCCCACUUCGUCUAAUCAAUACAUCCGAUGGGUGGUUAUGUGAUCGAGAGGCCCAGACACAUGCUUUUAAGACGAGCGCAGAAUACAAGGAGCUGUUGGCAUCUAUAAUCAAGAAUGCAGAAGUCCAAUUGGAGCACAUCCAAGACGUGGUGGCCAAGUACUUUCGUUGGGUCAUGCUAUCACAUAGGUGGGGAGAAAAGGAGCCGCUGCUGCACGACAUCCAAGACAAGGUCGUGUACGAGUUGGAUCCAGUUGACAGCACCACGAAGUUGCAGUCAUUCUGCGAAAUCACUCGUGACGCGGGUUUCUAUGGGCGUGGAUGGACACGUGCUGCAUCGACCAGAAAACAAUGUCGAGCUCCAAAAAUCGGUCAACUCCAUGUUUGUUUGGUAUCACAACUCAGCACUCACAAUCGUCUAUCUAUCGGACGUUCUUACUUCAUCCAAUCUUGUACGUUGGCCAGGAGUGCUUGGAAUAAGAGAGGAUGGACGGUCCAAGAAUUCUUGGCUCCUAAAGUCAUUCUUUUCUAUCGCCAGGAUUGGACCCUAUACGGCGACUACCACUCUACCAACCACAAGGAGUCUACGGCGAUCAUGCAGGAGUUGGGAGAUGCUACAGGCAUAGAUUUACGGUCCCUCGUCGCCUUCCGUCCAGGGACGAGAAGCCCCCGAGAGAAACUCCAAUGGGCAUCGACGCGUAUCACCACAUUGCAGGAAGACAUCGCAUACUCAUUAUUUGGCAUCUUCGGCGUCCACCUACCCGUAAUGUAUGGCGAGAACAAACGAAACGCGCUCGGGCGGCUCUUGCAGGAGAUUGUUGCUCAUUCGGGCGACGUCAGUGUGCUCGACUGGGUCGGGAAGUCAUCCGAAUUCAAUAGCUGUUUGCCAGCGGAGAUCACUUCAUAUCAAGCCCCGCCAUGGUCGCCAUCUCUUUCCGAAGAUGAUAUUCAGACGUCUGUCUCAUCGCUGCAAGAUGCUGUGGUUGUAGAGAUGGCUUUAGGAUUGUACCGUGAGCUUGGCUCCUUGAGGGCUGCUCGUUUCGCGCACCGCCGGCUGCAUCUACCUUGCAUCGCAUUCCUCGUCACCGGAGUCACAGAGAAGCCUGGUCAAAACCAGGGGGCCAGUUUCACGUAUCAAGUCAACGCCCAAGGGCUUCAUGACUUGUCGAUCACCACGGAAGACAGGCUGACCCAGUUUUGGCCUGGGAGACCGGCUCUGCAAACAUUCUAUCUUGUUCGUCCAUGGAAUCGUGAUCUUCUGGAGCUGCCCGACUUUACGAAGCUUCCCGGCCAUGCAGAGCCUCCCCCUUCUCUAGACAUCUCGCAGAGCAUGGAAGAAUAUUGUACCUCACCUGGAUCUCCGUCAGACGAUAUUGUCCCUGUGCCCCUCGGGGGAAAGGGGACGCUUGAUUCGGAGUCUCACUCACGAGCAUUGCGACUGUUUGUUCGCCUUGGACGUCCGUUUAGCGCACUCUUGCUAGCACAGCAACGCGGUGGAGAAUACAAGAGAGUUGCGUCAGAUCGUGUUAUCGUUGCACAAGUCAAAGACAUUGCGUCUAUUCGCGAUGUUAUAGAUGUCAGGACACUAGAGAUAUUGUAG